GAAAAUUUUACAGUGCUCGAGUAAUAAAAUUAAAGUUAAAAAAAUUAAUUCGAAGAAAUAAAAAAAAAGUUAAGUGUAUUUUUUUGUGUGUUCUAACAAGUGAAAAACAACAACAACAAAAAUUUCUAGUCAAUCGGAAUAAAAGCUGAAAAUAUAAAGCACUUGCCUGGGAAGAUUGCCAAUAAAUCUCAGCUCAUUACUUGAUAACUAAUACAAUAUUAAGGUCGUGUCGGUAUAAGAUUUGAGGAAUAAGAAGAAAAGUUUAUCUUCAGUUACUCUCUAUGACGUAGACAUUAGAACUGUCUUAUUUAAAUUAUAGAAAGUGAAUUUUAAGAAUAAAUAAAAAUAGGAUCAAAAAGGAAAUUUCGAAAAUCGACGAUGCCUGGCGGUAAUGCAAUUCAAUCGGACAUGCUGAGCGGAAUCGAAGAAGAAAGUGAUAUGUAUGAAGGCUUUGCGCCGCAUGUAGACUACGCAAACAUUCCCAUUUCUAACGAAAGCUCUCCAGCCAAAAAGCAACAAUUGAAAUCAUUCAAUGACAUAAAAGGUCUGAUUCAGCAAGGGAAAAAACGUGAAGUCAAACUCAUCAUUCGUGAAAAUGCAUGGCCCGUAAAUGCUACAAUCAGAAGUCAAUUAUGGCCGGCAUUGUGUGCGCAACAUCAGCACAGUAAAAGUACAUUGGAUGGCUACUAUUGGGAUAUGGUCAAUCAGGUAUUCGGAACAACAGAGCUACCUGAAAAGCCAAUCAUGCUUCCUCCAUUCGUCGACUCAUCUCAUUGCUUACCAUAUCAUCUUACGAAAAAAGGUAGAGCUGUGGCUGACCGAGUUGUCAGUGUAUUAGGAUUCAACAGUCCUGAUAUCACCUACAGUCCAUCUCUCUAUCCAAUAGCGUCUGUUCUUCUGCACUAUAUGUCAGAGGAGGAAUGCUUUCAUUGUAUGACCAGUUUGGUAGCAGCAAAAGACAAAGUGUUCAUAACACAAACUAAGUUAUUGUAUGAAGUCACAUGGAAGACUGUGAUGCAAAUUGCAAAGAAAUAUGCGAAAAAUUCUGUAUUAUAUCUUCAGCGAUUGUGUCAGGGUCAAAAAGCUGAGAGAUUAUUUACAGACUGGUGCUGGUGGAUACUCGGUGGACUGCCAUUUCCGCACUUGGUUCGUGUGAUGGAUUGCUAUUUUCAUGAAGGAAUUAAAGUAUUAUAUCGUGUGGCAUUAGCAAUAUUGAUUCUAUUUCAUAAACAUACACAAAAUUCAUCUGAAUGGGAUUCAGAUUCACUAAAAAAUGACAUCGACAAUGCAAUUCCAAAGUUUUGCAAACAAAUACCCGUAACUCCAUUAAAAUUAAUGCGAACUGCAUUCAGUAUUCGUGCAUUGAGUUCAUCAUACAUAACACGAGUAUUCAUAAAGACUGAGAUGCUAAUAAAGAGUAUGUCAGUACGUAGUGGAAACACGCAACUGAUAAGAUCACGAUCAACGGACAAUCUACCAACAAGUCAGUCGCAAAUUAACAUUCAAAUGAUGUCACACACGCUGACAAUAAGAGAACUUUUCACAUUGUGGUCAUGGCUGCCUGUAAGAAUAACGAUGUAUCAACCUGUAUUACUGUACACAACGGAAGAGCAUGGAUGUUCCUUGACAACAUUCUAUAUAAGAACUGAACAAUAUGAACCGACAUUACUCAUGAUAAAGACGUGUAAUAAUGAAGUAUUUGGAGCUUAUUGCUCAUCACGGUGGUAUGAACGGAACUUGAGAGAUGACAAAGGAAACAGACAAGCAUAUUUCGGAACUGGUGAAAGUUUUCUGUUUUCAUUAUAUCCAGAACGUGCUAAAUAUCCUUGGGUGGGAAUAGAUAGUGACAAAAAUGUUGACCAUUCCGCAGAACUUUUCAUGGCUGCUGACAAUAAAAUGUUGACAAUCGGUGGAGGUGAUGGACAAGCUAUUUGGAUGGACGAAAACAUAAGAUUCGGCAAGAGUGAUAAAUGCAAAACAUUCGAAAAUCCACCACUGUGUCCGUCAGGUGACUUUGAGAUUAGAGUGCUAGAGGUCUAUGGUUUCGUUGGCGUUUAAAGCUUAAGACAUGGAAUAUCUUUAGAAUAACUACAUUAAAUAUUAUUCAGUUGUCGUCAUUGCAUUAUACUGUGUAAUUGGAUUCAUGUUCUUCACACAACAAACAUUACAUUUAUUCGUGAGCUUUUUAAUAACGAAAGGAACCGCUUUUUCUGUCCGGAAUUCUUUAUGUCUAUGUUCAGCAGCACACAGCAAACGAACGAGAUGAAGGAAAUUGACAAAAACAUGCUUAUGUCCGUAAGAAAAAUCCUACAAUUUGGAUUCUUUCGUACAAAUUAUUAUACGAAGUUAUCGAGACGUUAUCAAAAAUUCAACGAAUUCAACGAAUUUUUUGAGGGAGAAAGUUUAAUUUUGUUAAUUUUGUGUUAUCGCAUUCCUGAAAAAAAUGCAUUGCAAUAGACUACGUAUAUAUGUAACAAUUAUUUUUGAGAGGUUGACAAAAAAAAUGAUGUUUUGUAAAAAUUUAUGUUUUUGAGAGAAAAUGAGUAAAACUGUUGGAAAUUAUUUAAUUUAACAAUGAUGGAACUUACACAAACGAGAGAGAGAAAAUAUAUAUUUAUUAUUAUUGAUGAAAAGGAUUAAGUUUUGGUUGACAAUUAUCUCAUAGUUUAUUUUCAUUCCAUUCUUGAAGCUAACUGGCUCUUUAGUGAAUUUUCGGAAGUAAUUUGAGAUACAUUUCGAUCAAUAUAUUGAUUUUUUUGCGCUUAUCAUUCCAAUGAACUCUAAAUUUCUAUGUAUUCUUGGAUUAUUGGGGGCUGUUGAGAUUAAUAUAGUGCGAUGGACUAAAAUUCAACGGAUUUCAAUACUUCAAAAAAUAACGGUUCUGAAAAAUUUAAAUGAACUGAACGAAAAUGAAUUUGGAUUACUGAACAACUGAGAAUUUGAAUUUCUAACGGUUUAAUUAAAACUCAAUGAAAAAUGAAACUUUUCAGGUUUCUUAAUUAAACUGAGUUUAUUGGAGAUUAAAUCCAAUCUUGGAAAGAGAAAAUCCGCACAAUUUUGACCUCAGCAAGCCUC